CUUCGAUUUGCCUUUAAGCCAAGUUACAAACUCAACCUUUUGUUUUCAACCCAGCCAACUCAUCUGGAAUCUAGACACUUAUCCUAAAUAUUUCGGGAAACGCAUGUAACGCUGUCGCCGCCAUAUUCCGGCCGAUUAAAAUUGAUUGCCGUCGUUGUCGAUAAACAGCCAUCUCUACGGUAAACCGCUGCAUCUCGAAGCUCCCCACCUUACCUAGGUACUCACGAUACGAUCUCCGCUGCAUCUCGAGCAGCCGUAGCAGGCUACCCUGCUUUUGCAAAACCCCACAAUAGUACACCCAUUCUAGCACCUUUGAAACGACCGCAUCUCGUUGUCACUGGCGACUUGGCCUUUCGUGUUUUUCUCGAAUCGGCAACCAACUUGCCCCCGCGCUCGGGUUCGGACACCGCGUGCAUUCGACCCUCAGCUUACCGAAUCCCGGAGAACAAGACCAACAGUUCCCAUGAUGGCGCCAGCCUCACGGGCACCGCUGGGCGUCGGGUCCGGUCGGGAUGAUAUCGAAGUCACGUGGAACUAUCUGCAGAAUGGAAUCACUAGGAUCAUGAACAAUUUACAAGAUGGCAUGACGAUGGAGACGUACAUGGGUAUCUAUACUUCCGUACACAAUUUCUGCACCUCACAGAAGGCUCUUGGCUUUGCGAAUUCGCCUGGUCCUCCAGCAGCUGCGCAUAGAGGAGCGCAUCUUCUUGGUGAGGAUCUCUACAAGAAGCUUAUGAAAUACCUGAGCGAUCAUCUCGAGGACCUGCUCGUCCAGUCCAAAGCCCACACUGGCGAGGCUUUGCUUAGCUUCUACAUAAGAGAAUGGGAUAGAUACACGACGGCAGCCAAGUACAUCCACCACCUCUUCCGAUAUCUUAACCGCCACUGGGUCAAGCGUGAGAUCGAUGAGGGCAAGAAGCACAUAUUCGAUGUUUACACACUGCAUCUAGUUCAGUGGAAGAAUGUCUUGUUCGAUAAAGUUCACGAGAAGGUGAUGGACGCCGUCCUUGCGUUGGUUGAGAGGCAACGGAACGGAGAGACCAUAGAGUACGGCCAGAUCAAGCAGAUUCUAGACUCUAUGGUCUCGCUAGGCCUGGACGAAAACGACGCGUCCAAGACCACUCUGGACUGCUACCGUUUCCACUUCGAGAAGCCUUUCAUCGCCGCUACGGAAGCGUAUUACCAAAAGGAGAGCCGCGCAUUUGUCGCGGAGAACACUGUGGUUGAAUACAUGAAGAAGGCCGAGGCGCGUUUGGAAGAGGAGGAGGAGCGAGUCCGAAUGUACUUGCAUCCCGACAUUGCGGUGGCAUUAAAGCGCUGCUGCAACACUGCCCUGAUCGCCGACCACUCUGCGAUUCUCAGGGACGAAUUCCAGGUACUGCUGGACAACGACCGCGAGGAUGAUAUGGCGAGGAUGUACAACCUUUUAGCCAGAAUCAGUGAUGGACUAGACCCACUGCGUCAGAAGUUCGAAGCCCACGUGCGACAAGCUGGCCUAACGGCCGUGGCCAAGGUUGCAUCCGGCCAGGGCGAGAAGCUGGAGCCAAAAGUCUAUGUGGAUGCACUGCUCGAAGUCCACACCCAAUACCAGGGACUGGUCAAACGCGCAUUCAACGACGAGCCAGAGUUUACCCGAUCUCUUGACAACGCCUGCCGAGAGUUCGUCAACCGAAAUGACGUCUGCAAGUCCGGAUCCAACAAAUCCCCCGAGCUACUUGCCAAAUACACGGAUGUUCUCCUUCGCAAGAGCGGCAGUGCCGUUGAGGAGGAGGAGCUAGAGAACACUUUGAGCCAGAUAAUGACUGUCUUCAAGUACAUCGAAGACAAGGAUGUCUUUCAAAAGUUCUACUCCCGCAUGCUGGCCCGUCGUCUCGUGCAUACCAACUCAUCCUCAGAUGACGCAGAGACUAGCAUGAUCAGCAAACUGAAGGAGGCAUGCGGCUUCGAGUACACAAACAAACUGCAACGCAUGUUCCAGGACAUGCAGAUUUCGAAAGACCUCAAUACGGGUUUCCGUGAGCAUGCCGAAAAGUCCGAGAUGAAGGUUUUGGACUCACAAUACGCUAUUCUCGGAACUGGAUUUUGGCCACUACAAGUCCCCAAUACUGCUUUCAACCCACCGGCGGUCAUAUCCGAGGAUUGCGAACGGUUCACACGCUUUUACAAGAACAAGCACGACGGCAGAAAGCUCACUUGGCUCUGGCAGCUGUGCAAAGGUGAGGUUCGAGCCACCUACUGCAAGCAGAGCAAAGCGCCCUACACCUUCCAGGUGUCCAUGUAUCAGAUGGCUAUUCUUUUGAUGUUCAACGACGGCGACCGUCAUACGCACGAGGAAAUAGCAUCCACUACUUCUAUGAACAGCGAGACCAUGGAUCCCGUACUAGGCCUCUUGCUUAAAGCCAGGGUUCUUCUGGCCGACAGUGAUAAGCCCGGUCCAGGGACGACAUACAGCCUGAAUUACGAUUUCAAGAGCAAGAAAGUUCGCGUCAACCUCAACAUUGGCUUGAAGACAGAGCAGAAGCAGGAAGAGGUAGAGACAAACAAGACAAUUGAGGAAGACCGAAAGCUUCUUCUCCAGUCGGCCAUUGUGCGGAUUAUGAAGGCUCGUAAACGUAUGAAGCACAACCAGCUGGUUAGCGAGACCAUCGGUCAGAUCAAGGGACGGUUUGUGCCCAAGAUUCCGGACAUCAAGAAAUGCAUUGAGAUUCUUUUGGACAAAGAAUACCUGGAGCGUUUGGAGGACGACGAGCUCGGCUACCUGGCCUGAUCGAAGCGAGGGAUCAAGGGAGCUUUGUGGGCAACACUCGUAAUGGAAGCUAUCACAGGGAUUCGAUAAGCCUCCGAUAUUUUUUUUAGUGGAUGCAGGCUCGCUUGGGAUCUGGUUACGAUUGAAGGUCUUGAGAUACAAGCAAUGCACGGGUAUGAAAUCGAUGAGGAUCUGGGAUCAUGGCAAGGAAGCCAGGAAGUGACGGAGGCCAGGAGCAUCUCUCUGGGCGGAACAUACAUUCGCAAUCAGCAUUGCAAACUUGUACUUGAAUACCCAAAAUUGCUACACUUGUGGCUGUUACUUUUGAGGGUGGCUGCAUACUCGUACUGAGUAUCAAUAUUUGUUUUCCCCUGAGCCUCUCAUAGGAACCCUCCUGAUUUUUAUGAAAGGGAUGAGGCCUGUCGGCUGGAGUAUUUAUUAUUGGAGGCAGGGCGACUGUAAUAGCAAUUUCUCCAUGCAGAUUGCUUGAGCUGCAGCCGACAGCAGUCAAUUCUAUUAUUUAGCGAUCAUA